AUGUCAGGACAUCACCGCAUCACCCUCGCCGCCAAACCCCCCUACUUCGAUGGGGACAAGUCCAGAUAUAUGGGCUUCGUGGACUCAUGCACCACCUACAUCGGUGCCUAUCGGUCAGAAUUCUCACAGGACGAGACAAAAAUCCUCUUCAUCCUCUCGUACCUCCGCAACGAGGCUGGCACGAGCUGCGCCGCCUCGAGAUGGGCAAUGAACUGGAAACAGCGCAACUUCAAAAGCCUUAAUGGACUGAAAGCUGGGGUCACCUCGGCGACCUUCUUGGAGGAGCUUCAGAGGGCCUUUGGGGAUUCCAACGCGGAGCAAGUUGCCGCCGCUCGACUUAUGGCUCUACGCCAGAAUAGACGGUCCUUUGUGGAUUAUAUCUCUGACUUCAAAAUGCUGGCUGCGGACACGGGGUACAACGUGGUCACCUCGACUGAUGACAAGGGCGAGUACAAGGAGGGGGAUCAGGACAACAUCCUCAUCGAGUUCCUUGAGCGCGGGUUGAGCAGCGAGAUUGCAAGUCGCCUUUACAACACUGGUGUUCCUCUGCCCAAGGCGUAUGGUGCCUUCAAGGACUGGUGUGUCAACAUCGAGGCGAACGCUCUACGCGAUCAGCUGCGCAAAGCAUCACAUGCGCACUCCGCACCACGACCGCCUCCCCAAUUCCGACCGCAGGUAGCCCCGACGACACCUGCACCCGCCCCGGCCCGACCUGCUGUCAACAAACCGGUUCCAAUGGAGAUCGAUCGCACGCACGCCCGCGGCCGCAAUAUCAUCUGCUACAACUGUCAGCAGCCUGGGCACAUUGCGCGGAACUGCCCGGAACCAAGGAAGAAGCGCACAUUCUUCAAUCGGGCCACGAUGCUUGAAGAGAUCGAGAACGGGGACAAGGACAACGAGUUCCUCAAGGAGAUUGCCGAGAAGCUGCGCGAGAAGGGUUUUUGA